AUGGGGCGGGUGCAGCUCUAUCUGUUCGUGGCUGUGCUGGGCAUGAUGCAGGUGCUACUACUGUUUGCGGGGCCUCGGUCAAAAUCCGAUGGCUUGGCUGGAACCGCUGCCAGCAACACCGGUCACGGGCAGAACCCAAGGCAGUCCAAAGAAGGCUUGCAGUGGUGUCCGGACUGCAGAGGCGAGCUGUGCGCUCGCAAAUUUCUGUUCAUCGUGGCGACUGGCAGAUCAGGUUCAUCAACGUUGAUGAACAUGGUGAACCAAGUCCCUGGCAUCUUCCUCUGGGGGGAGAACCAUGGCGCCUUGGGAGGCAUCGCCGGCAUGCAAGAGAGGUUCUUGAAGGCUGGGCAGGAUUCCUCGGACGCGCGACGCGUCGAGCUGUUGCAGAGCUCCCAGGACGUCGUGUGGGAGUGGCUUACCCCACCCACCUUCCAGAACGAUUGGAAGAGGGUGGAGGUCCGUGGCUUCAAGGAGAUCAGAUGGAAUGAGACCAUGGUGCAGUUCAUCCGCAGAUCCCUCCCGUGCAGCCGGCUGAUCUUCAACUUCCGACUGGACGUAGAAGCUCAGAGCCAUUCGGACUUCUUCAAGCGCAAGCAGCGGAAGCCCGGUGCAGAGGCCCUGUCGACCAUCACUGACAGGGCGGCGGCCUUGGUGACGCGUUCAGGCCUUCCUGCUUUCCAGCUGCCCUUGGAGAACUUCUCUGCGCCGGAGUUCACGCGCCUGGCGCG